GCACACACAUAUACAUACAUACAAACAUACACACAUAUAUUUCUGUAUGCAUAUCAAAAUAUAUGCGAACCCAUACACUUCGAUAUAACAAUACACAAAUAUUUUUGUCAAUAUAAAAAAAAAAAAAAUAACAACUUUUCAAAUACAUUAUCUGAAGAGAAAUUCACAAAACUACUGGAAUUUACUUGGAUUAUAUAUAUAUAUAUACACGCACACACACACACAUAUAUAUAUAUAUUAUAUAUUAUAUAUAUAUAACUUUACGAGCACAAAAACAACCACCCCACCCCCACACAUACGCGCACGUGCGUAUAUAUAUAUAUAUAUAUAUAUAUAUAUAUAUAUAAGUAGGUGUGAGUAGGAAGUGUAGGGUGUGUAUAUGUGUAUGUGCAUUAAGCGUGUGUGUAUUGUAUGUUUAUGUUAUUCAACAUAAAACUGUGUUCACGAAACUAAGCAACUCAGAAAGCCAUCAUCAUCUUAAGCCGUCACAACAAAGAUCCGCAUCCUCACCAGCAUCCAUCUGCAUCAUCAUCAUCAUCAUCAUUAUCGGCAUCUCGCACCCAUUUAAUCAUUAUUACCAUCGCAUUCUAACUUUACCCAGAGUUUCCAUGGUUUUGUCUGGAUGCUGAGACAAAUAGCCUCACAUCUCUGCUGGUGGUGGAUUUAGCUGGUCCAGCUUGCCAUCAUGUACACCACCACCACCACCACCACCGCUGCCGCCGCCGCCGCCAUGCUACCAUCGUUGCUACCAGGACUGCGAUGUGGUCGGUCUGAUGUUUGUGUUACCUCACACCGAAAAACAAUGGCUUCACGCUGUGUUCUACGGUCACUCUAUGUAGGGCUACUUCUCUGGGUCUGUUACGCUUUACCGAUAACACUGGCCGACAGGAUUAUGGACGAUCAAGCGACAGCACCGAAUUCUUGCUAUGAUUCUUUGAACAAACCGAAAAUGUGCGUAGCCGAAUUUGUAAAUGUAGCCUACGGGAAAGAAGUGGUGGCUUCGUCAACGUGUGGCACCCCACCAAGUCGCUAUUGCAAGUCCUCAGUGGACAGCGACGGUAAAGUGGUCCGAAAUUGUUUCACUUGUGAUGCAGAACACCCGAAGCGCCGACACCCGGCCUCUUACCUUACGGACAAUAAUAACUCAAACAAUCUCACCUGUUGGAUGUCUGAGCCUUUCGUGCAGUAUCCGAAAAACGUUACCCUUAAGUUGUCACUGGGUAAAAAAUAUGAACUUACAUAUAUUCUACUCCAAUUCUGUUCGGCCAAACCUGAUUCGAUGGCCAUUUACAAAAGCAUGGAUUUCGGCCGCUCAUGGAUACCUUUUCAAUAUUAUUCGCGCAACUGCAUCAAAAUGUACGGGAAAAAACCUGGAGUGGUGAUCACGAAGGCUAACCAACAGGAAGCAUUGUGCAGUAACGUGCACAGCAAUAUAAAUACAUCGGGGGGUACAAGAGUAGCGUUCAAUACCCUGGAGAACCGACCCGCGGAUUUCGAUAACAGCCCCGUCUUAUGGGACUGGGUCACCGCUACAGACAUAAUGUUCGUCUUUGACAAGUUGAGUACCUUUGGAGAUGAAAAUUCAGGCGAAGUCGGAGCCAGAGAGAGUUAUUACUACUCCCUGUCUAACCUGGCUGUCGGUGGCCGUUGCAAAUGCAAUGGUCACGCCAGUUCAUGCAGUAAAAACAGCGAUGGUCAAACCGUAUGCAAUUGUCAACACAACACGGCUGGAGAUUCUUGUGAGAGGUGCAAAACCUUUCAUUUCGAUAUACCAUGGUCACGAGCUACGGAGCAAAAUGCUAAGGAAUGUGUCCGAUGCAAGUGUAACCAGCAUGCCCGCAAGUGUCACUUCAAUCGGGAGAUUUACAUCCUUUCCGGCUACAAGAGUGGUGGCAUUUGUGUGAAAUGUCGCCAUCAUACUGAUGGACGCAAGUGCAACUACUGCCGACCUCUCUACUACAGAGACCAUUCGAAGCCCAUCCACCACAAAAAAGCUUGCAAAGGCUGCCAAUGCCAUCCCGUGGGGUCGGUUCGAAUGACGUGUAACCAAACUACAGGACAAUGUACUUGUAAGGAGGGUGUGACGGGCUUGAGCUGCAACAGGUGCGCUGAGGGCUACGAACAAACCCAGUCAACCAUUGCUCCCUGUGUCAGAGUGGAACCUGACGCAGACGUUCAGAAACCAAGUCAGGGCAGAGUCUCACAGAAAGAGUCCGGCAAACGGAAGAACAACAACAAAACCAGACGACCUGAUAGACUUUCUAGAAGGAAAAAGAAGAGAAAGAAGAAGAAGAAGAAAAAUAAAGAUCGAAAGAAGAACGGCACCAGGAAAUCACAAAAAGGUCGUAAGAAAAAGCGCAAGAACAAGGGAAAUAAAAAUAAAGUUAUAAGGGGGCGUGACCGGAAACGGAAGACGUUCCGAAAGAACCGGAAGACCAAAUAUACUGCGGCAACAUUUAGAUUGUGAAAAUCUAUGUCGUAACUUGAUUUUACAGAAAAUCUCCUUUGAUUAAAACAAGUUAUGAAAUGAGUAGCUGUGGAAAACAAAAGAGAUAUAUAUGAAAAAAUAAAUAAAAA